CAUGUUUUCCUUAUUAUUAUCUGAUUAUUGAAAUUAAUGAUAGAAUCUUAAUUGAUGAUUUACAGAUAUUGGAGACAAUGAUCUCAAUAUUUUUGAUAUUGGGAUCACUUGUUUCAACACUAGCAGGCGCUAGCACAGAGUACCAAGCAAUAAACUGUAGAAAGCAUAGUGCAGUCUUGACAGAUUUUGGAGGAGUUGGUGAUGGAAAAACGUCAAACACAAAGGCUUUUAAAGCAGCAAUUGCCGAGCUAAGCCAGUAUGCAGCAGACGGCGGAGCACAACUUAUUGUACCACCAGGAAGAUGGUUGACUGGGAGCUUUAACCUCAGUAGCCAUUUCACUCUUUUUCUUCACAAGGAUGCUGUUCUUCUUGCUUCUCAGGAUGAGGCAGAAUGGCCUGCUUUCCCUCCAUUGCCUUCCUAUGGGGUAGGUAGAGAUGAACAUGCUGGAAGGUUUAGUAGUCUGAUUUUUGGGACACAUCUAACAGAUGUCGUGGUCACUGGUAACAAUGGUACAAUUGAUGGCCAGGGUGCAGUUUGGUGGGACAAAUUCCACCAGAAAAAAUUGAAACUGACUCGACCAUAUCUGAUUGAGUUUCUGUACUCUGAUCAGGUUCAAAUAUCCAACCUUACAUUGAUUAACUCUCCAUCAUGGAAUGUUCAUCCUACAUAUUGCAGCAAUGUGUUGAUCCAGUGGUUGACAAUUUUGGCACCAGUUGAUUCUCCCAAUACAGAUGGGAUCAACCCAGAUUCAUCCUCAAAUGUUCGUAUCGAAGAUUCCUUUGUAGUAUCAGGGGAUGACUGCAUUGCAGUUAAGAGUGGAUGGGAUGAAUAUGGAAUCAAAUUUGGAAGGCCUACGCAACACCUAGUCAUAAGAAGGUUUUCCUGCAUUUCUCCUGACAGUGCUGCCAUUGCUCUUGGAAGUGAAAUGUCUGGUGGAAUCCAGGACGUUAGAGCUGAAGAUAUCACAGCCCUCAGUACCCAAUCUGGAGUUCGAAUCAAGACUGCUGUAGGAAGAGGAGCUUAUGUGAAGGACAUUUUUGUAAGAAGAAUGAUCCUGAAGACAAUGAAGUAUGCCUUCUGGAUGACAGGCUCUUACGGGUCACACCCUGAUACGGGAUAUGAUCCAAAAGCAUUACCUGAGAUCAAAGGAAUAAGUUACAAAGAUAUAGUGGCUGAGAACGUAACCUAUUCGGCGAGACUAGAAGGAAUUGAGAAUGAUCCUUUUACAGGAAUUUGCAUUUCUAAUGUAAACAUAAGUUUAACCCAGAAACCUAAGGAACUGCAAUGGAACUGCACUGACAUUCAGGGAGUUUCAAGCAAAGUAACUCCUCAGCCAUGCGCUGCGUUGCCGGAGAAAAGUAUUGAAUGUCCUUUCCCUGAAGACAGACUGCCAAUUGAGGAUGUAAAACUCCAAACUUGUUCUGCUAGUAGUUAGAAUUUUAUAC